CUGUCUGUUUCCAGGGCAGGGGGGAAGGCAGAGAAGAAGUGGAGCGAUGGAGUUGCGGGCGGAAUUGACGGGCCGCGACGGGCUGAAGCGGCCGCUGCGGGUUCGUUGCGAGCCGCCGGGAGAGCUGCGGGGCCUGCUCAGCGGCCUAGCUCAGCUGCGGGAACAGGUCUCCGCGCUGCUUGGUCCCCUGGUGCAGCAGGAGAGCGGCGCCGGCGACCAAGCCGAGCCUGGAGGUGAUGAUGGUGAAGAACAGGAUGAAGAAGAAGAAGAAGAAGAAAAUCAUGUCAGUGCCAAAGCAUGUGCUGACGGGCCGCCAUUAAAACGGAUAAAAACACAGUCCUGAUGAAAACUACAAACAUUUUGGACUUCCGGUCUAGCGCUAAUGGAAGCUGGCGGGGAAUUCUCGAUGUCCGAGGUUUCCCGGCACCUCAGAGGAGGGGUAGAGCCGCUUGGGCGAAGCGACCACCCAGAGAAACCCCGAAUUGUGCUUUUCGGGGACGUGGCUACCCAGCAGUGCUCCUUUGAGCCCCGUUCGCCGCCCGUUAACCCUUUUUUUAGGGGUGACGUGCGCAGGCAGAGCGGGACGGAGCCUUGGGACAUUCACUAGCUCUGAGGGGCAAAGCUCCGUGCCGGCGACACCGCACGCUAGAUACCUCCAAAAGAAACGAUCUGGAUUUACAAGUAAGAAUUUUUAACAAUUUGGAAAAGAAUUUGGACUUGGGAGGGGAAUUUAAAAGAUAACGGAGGUCGUUCCCCCCCUCACCAAGAAACCAACACGCAAUUGCCGAGCCUGCAGCCAUUGUGCUGGAACGGGACUCUGAACUUUGCUAAAAAACAAAAAUUGAAUCCCUCCCUGGGGUAGCGGAACCAAGGGGAGGUGAAGGAUUUAUUGUUUGGAUUUCUGCAAUAUUUGGAACUGACUACUAACAAGCCCUCCGGUGGCCCGGUGACGGGAACCUAAAGUCACGGGCCAGCUGAGCUUGGAUUCCGCCUCUGACACAACAGCCUAUUCGCCAUAUUGUAACCUGAGAAGACAAAGGAUAUAGGUAGACAAAACAACUCGACAAGAUGUGUGAGAAUGAGAUACAAAGUGUCUGGGGAAAAGUUCAAGAAGUUUGGAUGGGUGUAAAGGAGUACCAGAGACUUACAAAGUUACUGAUUGAACCUCAGCACCAACUCUAUCCAACUGACAGCUUCGAGAUACAGCAUGAAAUUCUAAAGGACCGAAACUUAAACAUACUAGAAGAAGAGGAGCUCUUUAUCUUGAACAAAGUGCAACCGGUGGGAGAGGUUGCACGGGACCUGUGUCAUAAAAAAAGAGCUGCAUUGGACUUGGAUCUCCAGGAGCUGCUUCUCUCAGUGAGAGAGGGAGAGCGGGCUCCUGGUAAUAACAACCACGCUGUGUCAAAGAAUAAAGAGGUGGCCUGGAUCCGAACCUCCUUAGUGAGAGAAGGGAGGCGAGAUCCAGGCGAAGGUCUUGUUAAAUGGGGAGCAAAGGAAAAAUUAGAGGGGGGUUGGCAGAGGGGGUGAUGGUUGGAAGAAGUUGGGCUGGAGUGGGUGAGAGAUGGAGUGGGUUGAGACGUAGUGCAAAUAAGGGAUUGAUAAAACGGUUUGGAAUUGGACUGUAUACAGGGGUUGGUUUGGGACUUCCAGGGGCUGGUCACCGGGCGGAGGAGGGGGGAUUUUAGAUAGUGAUUAAGUGAGAUGUUAGAAUGUUCAUUGUAUAAGUUAGAAUAAUUUUAGUGAAUAAUUAAGAGGCUAAAGGGAAUAAUUAGAGAAAUAAAAAAUUUGUUAUGUGGUAUAAGUAAUUUUAAUAUAAGGUAUUAUUAUAAGAAUUAAAAGAAGAUGUUUGUAAUUGGUUAAUUAUGAAAAAUUGCCAAAUAGAGGUGAUAAUUAGACUCGGAAAGGGAGGAGCGAGGAAGCCAAAGUUAUGACAGUUAUGAAUAUUAGAUUGGUUUUUCUUUUUAUGCUUUUUUCCCUUGUUUUUUUCUCUAUUGUGUAUAUAUAUAUUUUUCUAUUUUGUUUUUCGCUUUUUUGUAAUUUUUUCUUUUCUUUUUUCUUUCUGUUUUGAUGUUUAUGAUAUAAUGUAAGACUGUGAUGAGAAUGGAAAUUUUAUGUGGAAAAUGUUAAUAAAUACAAUUUUUUAAAAAAAGAAAACUACAAACAUUUUUCUACUGAAUUUGAGUUUUAUAUACACAAUUUCUCUCUAGGAAAAUUUCUGGGAUGUUUUGUUAAAAACACAGUCCUACUGAAUUUUUUCCUACUGAAUUUGAGUUUUGUUUUCUAGACACUUUCCUCCCGAGGAAACUUCUGGGCUACUUUUUAAACUAGAAAUGCACUGUCCUUUUUAUUCUUUACCAUUACCACAAAUCAAAAGGGAAGCUUAUUUGUGGAGUAUUAUGUGAAAUCCUGAAGCAACCAAGUAAAAGACCAUGUGUAUAAGAAAGAAUUAUCUCCCAAUAGACUGCUAUCCAAAAUGUAUGAGCUUAUACUGGAGUGGAACACCAAAGACGAGGAAACAAAAGAGGUUAUGAUUAAGUAGGCUAUGGACUUUGGACAUAACAUCGAAAUAGACUUGUGGACGAAAUUAUG